CUCCUCAUCCCAUCAAAAUCGUAUUUCGCCGCCUUUUGCAAAACCCAAAUACUCUCGCUUUCACACACACUCUCUCUAUAAUGGCCCGCACGAAGCAGACGGCGAGAAAAUCCACCGGCGGCAAGGCCCCAAGGAAGCAGCUGGCGACAAAAGCCGCCCGGAAAUCGGCACCGGCGACCGGCGGUGUAAAGAAACCCCACCGAUUCCGGCCUGGAACAGUGGCGCUGCGAGAAAUCCGAAAAUACCAGAAAAGCACGGAGCUUCUGAUCCGAAAACUUCCAUUCCAGCGUCUGGUCAGGGAGAUUGCGCAGGAUUUCAAGACGGACCUCCGAUUCCAGAGCUCCGCAGUUGCAGCAUUGCAGGAAGCUUCUGAGGCGUAUCUGGUAGGUCUCUUCGAGGACACCAAUCUCUGCGCGAUCCACGCGAAGCGCGUCACGAUCAUGCCCAAGGAUAUCCAGCUGGCUCGCCGUAUCAGAGGGGAGCGCGCUUGAAGGGAGAUUUACACCGGGGGUUCAGUGUAAAUGCAUUUUUAGGGAUUUUAGGGCCUUUUGUUUUAGUUUUGUGUUGGUUAGGGUCUGAUCGGUGUAUGUGCUUGAUCUUGUUUUCAAUGAAAAAUCCUGUGGUGAAAUUUCUGGUA